AUGACUGACGAACCCGAGCUGCCAUUUCUGGCCCGUCUGAUUAAUCAUGUUCUUACACCUGGAUCCGCCUUAUCGCCUGCGGUCUGGAUUGCGUUCAAUGUUGUGAUGGCCGCGCUGCUUUUGUGUUGGGUGUCGUUGAUCAUUGCCAUGCCAGAUAACAUUCACGUAUGGGUGUUUGGUUUCCUUGGAGCUGGCUUGGCAUUUUCCACAAACUGGCUUUUUAAGGAAAUUUUUCGUUGCGGGCCUGAUGACCAAAAACCACAACGGGAAGUCCAGCAAAAACAGACGGAACCACAUGAAAAGAAGAAUGAUUGA